AUGCCGGUCCAUUGGGGCUGUAUGUUGGUGUCCUGGAUUUUGGACGGACCGGCGCAAGCGAGUGGAGUCUCCAUUGUUUCUCCCGUCACCCCGCGAUUUCUGUCCGGACAGAGAUCGUGGAUCCCGGUUCGAAGAUUGUGUCGCCCACCAAUGAUGGAUUUCAGAUAUUGCUUUUUCCACGUCGUCUUCUUCGCAUUUUCUAUUUUCCAAGUCGUCGGUACGAGAGUCAGAACGAGAAACAUUCGCUUCAAUCGUAACUCGUGCACUGGGGCACUACACCGUUCCCGGUUCCCCCGAUGA